AUGCUCGGUGUNGCUCGGUGUUUCGAUGAUCAACACUGUACCCCCGGUUAUGUUGGCGGUCAGACAGUCGUGAGUCCGACUCGUGAACUGCCUCGCGACUGGAGGGUCGAUUUGGAUGCUGAUGCGCAUGGUAUUUUUACUGGGCAAUGUGUGCAGUCUAUGAAGACCUGUGAAAUUUUCGGAUGGUGUCCAGUGCAGGAAGAUUUGGACACAAUGCAUGCUGGCCUAUUCAAAACGAAACGAUUCAGGAACCAUCAUAAGGAGGAGCGAGGUGAAACCGAAUUUGAUAUAAUUGAACCGUUGUACGGAUUGUUGAAUUUAACUAUUUCCAUUCAAAAUAUGAUUGAAUUUCCUCUGUUUAAUGUGUCUCGACAAAAUAUUCUACCGUGGAUGACGGAGGAUUAUGUGCGUAACUGCAUUUACAAACCGAACGAUGUGAGAGAUCGGUACUGUCCAAACUUUCUUAUUCAUGACGUUUUGCGUUUGGCUGGGGCGAAAACUUAUCGGAUUCUCAGACACGGAGGAGUGAUUGCGAUCACAAUUAAGUGGAAGUGUAAUUUGGACGUUUCUUUGGAUCUCUGCCGACCACACUACGGGUUUCUGCAUUUGGAUGGUCGGGCUUCCGGUCAGUUUGAUGAACUUGGCCCCGGCGAAGGCUGGAUGAUAGAUAUGGCUUAUCGACUGGGCAAUUCUCUACGAUCUCAAUCAGAUGGACCGAGACGUUUAUUAUUUAAGGUGAAUGGAAUCCAGUUCAUCAUUCAAGUGACCGGCGAGGCUGGCAAAUUUAAUCUGUUUAUUUUUACCAUGAGCUUUGGUUCGAAUUUAGCUUUGCUUAGCCUGGCUGCGAUUGUGUGUGAUUUUGUGCUAUUUCAUUGUACUCGAGAUCGAAAGCUAUAUAUGAAAGCCACCCACAAUGUUUUUCUCGAAUCCAAGGAGGCAAUCGCCAAUACACCACGGAUCAUUUUGGAUUCCAUAUCACGCAAGUCAGAUUCGGUCAGAGAAAAGCGACCUUGUCAUGACCUUGCUUACUCGUCAGUCAUCGCUCGUGCUUUGGAUGAUGUCAAGCUGACCUCGUUUGACGACCGAGUGCGUCGAGAAGCUGUGUUCUCUGCCAAUUUGACAGAGUAA